AUGGACGCGUUGACGAACACAACCUUAACGGAGGUUCACGUCGCAACCAACCCACUAACGACUGUGAAUGCUGCUGUUGUCUUGGUGGUCGCAACAGUCACCGCUUUGCUCUUCGGUGUACGACUUUUCCGAUCACAGGCCGCCGGGGACGCAUUGGAGAUCUCACAGGACCAGACUGAGACGAUUGUCGUGAUCCGCCGGAAACAGCUCUACGUAUAUCCAGUCAAGGGGCUCAGGGGCUGCGAGUUGCAAGAAGCACGGGUUGGGCAACACGGCUUCGUCGGAGACCGCACAUUUUCACUUCAGAAAGUCCAUCGCGACGAGAACGAUCCGUCCGAGAAGACGUACGAGACGCUGCUUAUAGGCCGCUGCCUCCAACUUGCACUCUUCGAAACCUCGGUCCAUAACGUGAGUAACGAGGUGGCGGUGAAGUGGCAUGACCGCGAGACGGAGUUCGACAAAAGAGCAGCAGAUGCAAAAGUCGACACCGACGACGAGAUCCGAUUUCCGCUGUCGCCAGGACUGGAGGGCCUUGAGGAAUGCGAAGUAAGCCUGCAUGUUAGCCGGACAAAGGCAUACGACAUGGGCGACGGGCCAGCCUCCUGGUUCUCCGACCGCCUAGGUUUCGAGACACGGUUGGUCUACAUUGGCGACGGGUCGCGCGCUGUCCUUGGAUCUCUCGCCCCGAACAGCCGAGGAGGACUAAAGAAGGCCAAGUGGACAAGCCGUCUCCGCGCCCUGGUGCCGUCCCUCGCGUUCCGGGAGGAGCGGCUUGUCUUCAACGACCUCGGGCACUACCUCGUGGUCACCGAGGCGAGCAAUUCCCAGGUUUCCUCACGUCUCGAGGGCGGUGCCGAGAUGGAUGUCCGGAAGUUCCGGCCCAACAUCGUCGUCAAGGGCGCGUCCGCGCCGUUCGCGGAGGACUUCUGGGGCGAGCUCACAUUCGAGGGCGGCGUCCGGAUGCCACUGACGUCCAACUGCUACCGCUGCCAGAGCAUUACCGUCGACUACGACACGGGGAAGGCGGCGGCUGACGAUCGGGGCUCCGUGUGGAAGAAGUUGAACAAAGACCGCCGUGUCGAUAAAGGUGCCAAGUACAGCCCGGUGUUUGGCCGCUACGGAUUCUGCUUUGGGUCAGCAGUCGGGAAGACCUUAACUGUCGGAGAGAGGGCCCGGGUUACUGUCGUCAACCCUGCCAGGACUACUUUCGACUGGCCUCAUUUGACGACUUUCGGCCUCGGCCAGACAGAGAAGUGA